UCCCCAUUUGUAAUAAAGAGAGAAUCGGGGAGAUAUACCAAGAUGAUUCAGACAGAUGAUUGUGCAGUAAUCUCCAGGCUUCCUGCUGAAUGGCAUGGUUUGAUGAAACAGCUUGGGUCAUCUGUAGAUAGAGGAAAUCUUUGGUUUACUGAGGAGACUUCGUCCAAGUAUGGCAGCCAGCCUGCCUGGCAUAAACUGAUAACUGCAUUGAUCAAAUGUGAUCCUUGUAUUGAAGACAACAAACUUACAUUCAAACCAAGGUUUCUGUUGUUGCCUGUAAAGUUACAAGAGAGGCUACUGAAUUUUCUUCAACAUCAGUCCUAUACAGUACCAGACAUGUACAUCAAGGAGUUUGUUCUGGGUCUGGCAGGAUACACAGAUCUACAAUCAAGUUUAUAUCAUCAGCUCUCUGGCUUGUUCAGGGAAACAAAGUACACAGACGAUCUCCUUGCUAAAGCCGUACAAAAAUCUACCUCAAAGUUAGAAGAUACAGUUCAAGAUAAAGGUAGUAGUUCUGAAGUAUGCAUAGCAGUGCCUGGUUCCCAGGAGAGUGUUAUUAUCUUAGAUGAAUCUGAAGAAGAGGAGGGAAUGGAGCCAGCAUACAAAAGACAGAGAGUGGAGGAAAAAGUUGACAAAUUUCCUGAAGAAAACGAAAAUCAAACUGUUACUAUAGAAACAAAUGAUGAGGAAAGUAGUCAUGCACAUAAUCUAGAAAGAAAAGAUAAAGGCAAAGAAGAGACUAUAAGUGCAAUAUUUGCUGGAAAGGAAGACAUGAUAUGGAAGAUAAAAGAAAUCUGGCAAAACUGUAUCUCAGACAGAGAGAUAGAAGGAUUAAGUGAAGUGUCAAAACUGUCUGUUAAAGAAAUUGAAGUCUUUUGUAAAAUGGUAGACUUUGAUAAUAUGUCUGAUGAUUCUAUUGAACUUGUUUGCCAACAUUUGUGCCAGGUAUCAGAUUCCUUGAGUUACAGUAGUGCCGUCUGCAUUUUGACCUUUGUUCUAGGUCACCGGAUUACCCAGCUAUCCCAGAAUGCUUCAAGGAAGUUGUCAGGGGCAGUCACUCUAGUGGCACAGAAAUUUCCAAAACAGACAGUUGAAAGUGUGUUAGUUCCCUGCAUUUUGCAGUCUGAAAUCUCUCCAGCCCAAAGUGAAAUUGUGUGCAAAACUUUGAAAGAUUGUACAAGUGCUUCCACAAAGGGUUAUUUUAUCCAAAAAAUGAUACAAAACAAUUUCAUCUUGAAUGAAAAUAAAAUACCAGUCCUUCAGACAGUAAUAGACAGCAGCUGUGAUUUAACUAAUGAUGUCUUCUGUAGUUUGUUAAAUUGUUUAAAUGAAGCUUCGCUUUCAAUGGAAAAGAAUCUGAAAUUUGGAAAGCUUUUGCUAGCUCUUGUAAACAAACAUACUAAAUUAUUCAAUCAAGAGCUUAAAACCAAGGUUGAACAUAUACUUGACAAGCACAAGACUUUCUUGAAGAAAAGUAUUCAGUCUGCUUUGAAUUGA